GGAGAAGAAGAAGAGGAACAGGAACAGCAGGACGUGUUUACGUUCAGCAGGAGUGUGUGUGUGUGAGAGAGAGUGUGUGUAUAUGUGUGCGUGAUGGCGCAUCUUCAGCUCCUCGUCUCUGCUGUGUGUGUGCUGCUGAGUGUGUGUCAGGCUCAGAUUUAUUCCGCGAUCUAUGAGGAGGAAACCGCGCAGCUGCUGCUGAUAGAAGGCGCGCGCACACACUCUGUAGCGGAGGCCAACUUCACUGACCACAUCAACACCACCGGGUGGGCGUAUCUGGAUCUGAGCACCAGUGCUGGGUAUAAUGACUCUCUGCAGGCGUACGCUGCUGGACUGGUGGAGGGCGCCGCCACCUCACAGCUCCUCUACAAGCACUGGAUGAACACACUGAUGGGUUACUGCGGGCCGUUCUCUUCUGACGUCGGCUUCUGUGAGCGGCUGAAGGACUACAUCAGCACUAACCUGCAGUGGAUGUGGCAGCAGAUGGAGACGCACACACACUCUCCAUACUGGCAUCAGGUGCGUUUGUCUUUGCUGCAGCUGAAAGGAUUGGAGGACGGCUACAACGGGAGGAUUGAUUUCCCCUCCGGAAGCUUCUCCAUCAAUCCCUUUGGCUUCCUCCUCUUCCAGAUGGGUGGAGAUCUGGAGGAUCUGGAGGCGGCGCUGAAUAAAUCCAGCCAGUCUCGGAGCGUGGGUUCAGGCUCCUGCUCCGCUCUGAUCAAGCUGCUUCCGGGCCACAAGGACCUGCUGGUGUCUCACGAUACCUGGAACAACUACCAGUCCAUGCUGAGGAUCAUGAAGAGAUACAGCUUGAGCUACCGCACGUCUCCCACAGAACAGGACGUGAUUCCUGGAGCAACGCAGGUGUUUUCCUCUUAUCCGGGCAGCAUCUUCUCAGGAGACGACUUUUACCUGAUCAGCAGUGGUUUGGUUACUCUGGAGACGACGAUCGGCAACAGUAACGCGGCGCUGUGGAAGUUUGUGCAGCCGCGCGGCUCCGUGAUGGAGUGGCUGAGGAACAUCGUGGCCAACCGGCUGGCAGGAGACGGACAGAGCUGGGCCCAGAUAUUCAGCAGAUACAACAGCGGAACCUACAAUAAUCAGUGGAUGGUCGUGGACUAUAAGAACUUCGUCCCGGGACAGGCCGUCGCAAAGCAAGGGCUUUUCACAGUUCUGGAGCAGAUCCCGGGAAUGAUCAAAACCGCAGAUAAAACUGCAGAGCUGUUUCAGACGGGCUACUGGGCCAGCUAUAACAUCCCGUACUUCGAGGAGGUGUUCAAUGCCAGCGGAGGUCAGGAGCUGGUCCAGAAGUACGGAUCCUGGUUCUCCUUCAGCCAGAACCCAAGAGCUCAGAUCUUCCGCAGGAACCAGACGCAGGUGACCGACCUCCAGUCCAUGGAGCGUCUGAUGAGGUAUAAUAACUAUCUAGAGGACCCUCUGUCCCGCUGUGAGGAGUGUGACCCGCACCAGAACGCUGAGAACUCCAUCUCUGCCCGCUCAGACCUGAACCCUGCUAACGGCUCGUACCCCUUCGGUGCGCUGCAGCAGCGUCCACACGGAGGAACCGACAUGAAGAUGACCAGCUCCAGCAUGUUCCGGCAGUGGGAGCUGCUGGCCGCCAGCGGGCCGUCCUGCGAGCAGACACCGGUGUUCCAGUGGAGCCGCUCGCCCUACAGCUCACUCAUGCACAUGGGACAGCCGGACCGCUGGGACUUCCCCACCGUACACGUGCGCUGGGCCACAUGAGGACCAGGACCAGCCCAUGAUCAAUACCUGCACUGCAGUCUCAGGAAUCAGCCCAGAUCAAUGAUCAAUAUACUCUGAGUCACACUAGAUGUGCAGCGGUGUUCAGAAGACUGUCAUCACACCUUGACAUGUGCAUGAGACUUUAUUCAUGCUUAUAACAGCUGUCAGUAAGUGUCAUUGGCUCAGUUUUGUCAUUGUAAAUGCACAGAUGAUGAUGUCAUAACAAAACAAAAACAGCACAACCUGUAUGUUGUUGUCAUGAUAACGUGAUGUCACCAAAACAACAUGUCAUAAACCUGUCAUAAACAUGAUGGUCAUGAAGCAUUAUAACUGUGUCAUGAAUAUUCAUUACUCUGUCAAAUCAUUGGAUAAGAGCUUCAUUAAUAAUUAAUGACAGUUAAAUGACAAGUUGUUCCACAGUAGAUGAGGACAAGAAAAUAUUAAUGACGCUGAUAUGAAACUCAUGACGCAUUUAUAAUGACUUCAUGACAAUCAUGUUUAUGACAGGUUUAUGACAAGUUCUGUUGUCUUGGUAAUUUCAGGUUGUCAUGACAAAGACAAAACAUUAGUUGUUGAUGUAUUAGUUGAUGUGAAGUUAUAACAAACUAUGUCAUCUGUGCAUUUAAAAUGACACAAGAAGCGAAUGACACCUAAUAAGAGUUGUUAUAAGCAUGCAUAAAGUCUUAUGAACAUGUCAUGAUUAUAAAGGUUUUAAGACAGUCUUAUGAACACCUCUCAGAGUAAAGUGUGACCUAUGAAACUAAUGUUGUGAUUAAGAGAAUGAUUUUAUACCGCUGUAAUAUUUUUGUUCUGAAAUGUUGAAUAGAUCUGCUUGUGAUUGAUCCGUGUCCUC